AUGAGCAUCGACGCUGGCGGUGUUGCUCAAAUGACUUACCAGUCUCCCUUCAACAAUUCUAUUGGCGUUUCCGGCCCUGGGUUUGCUUCUCGAGGGAAAGGGUCCCAUAUCAAACGUCUCAGCGUUGCGCCUCCCUCCAAGAUCUCGACCAUCGACGAAACUCAACAGGCGAAUACCGUUUCCACGCCCCGCACUAGUCGGGGCCACCUUCUGGCUGGUCUACGCACAGCUCCCAAAUCUGCAACGGUACCUCCUGCUACCCAUGGCAUAGGUCUGGAAGGUAGCAGGUACGCCUCUGCGGGGUACGCCAACCAGGUACCGCAGACAGCUACUGGCACGUACUUUCCGGGAGGCAGGAACAAUUUGCAGAGCAACUUGCUGCAACCUUACUCGCGUCCUGAGCAUGUGCUUGCUCCUCCAUCUCUUGACUUCGUUGACGGAGCGGAGAAUAUGGAUCAGAAUCUGUACGAUGAACUGGUAGCCACGAAUAAUUAUCUUGCGCAACAGCAACGGGCUCUUCAACAGCAGCUGUUGAAUGUCACUGCUGCGGCCCAUCAGCUUUCUGGACUCAACCUGAACACGGGCUUUGUGAACAACCUGGGUCAGCCGCAGUUUCAGUCUCCCAUCAGCUCUCCCAUGGGUCUGUACAAUCAACAAUUCCAGCAAGGCCUGCAACCCGUGGUUCACCCAGUCCCUGGUAGCCCUGGUGUCUUUACUGUCUACAAUCCGAUGACCGGGCAGUCAAGUUAUCUGGUCGACAAUUCCUAUCAGCAGCAGCAACAGCGCCAGCAGAAAGAGGUGUCUCCCGUCCGUCAGAACAAUUCUGUUUCGCCCCCUCCUGUUGCGCCAGCCUACCAGCGCCAGUAUCCUGAGCCGUCUUUCCCUUUGACUGAGGCUCGUUCAAAGACCCCGCCUAAGUCCACCCCAUCUCCACCGCAAGAGGUUGAGCCUCUCCCGCCUCCGUCGGCGAACGCUUUUCGACGGGGUCACCGGAAGAACAUGUCUUCUGCCAACAUCAAGACUGCUGGUGACUGGACCAAGGGCUCGGCCGCCAGACCCGCUGGGUUCCCGCAGACUCCAAUGACGGCCACUUUUGGACCGGGCCACGGAAGAGCCGGAGAGCAUCCUGUCAGACAGCCCAAGGGACCGCCCCUUCUGCAAGAGCUCGAGGAGAAGCCAACCUCCAAGCACGAGGGGAGCAAGAAUUUUGCUACUCGACAACGCCGUAGAGCUGUUCACGACUUGGUUCGUGCAGGGCGUGAGCGCCGCAGUGAUGGUGGUCGUCAACCCGGCUCUGGGGCAGGAACACCUGGUAGCGAGAACGAGUUCAACUUCUCCGUGUCGUCUGAUGACUCUGUUCUUGCUGGGAGCAGUAGCCUCUCGAGCAAGCCGAGCCUGGGUAGUCUCCGGGCUGCUGCGAGCGGGGUGAUCGGGUCUGAGAUCAAGGAGAAGUCUCGUGAACGGUCUUCUGUUGACAGCGUUGGAGCGAUCAGUGCUAAGAGCUUGAGUAGCGAUGAAGGCAACUCUGUUGGAGGUUCUAUUGUCGAGAUUGAGCCGGCCCGACGCAACACGCCAUUGAUGGUUCUUAGUAGCGCUGAGAAACGCAAGAGCGUCGUCAUGUGA